UUACUAUUUCAAGUUCUAACGUUUUCUCUUAAAAUUGUUGGUGAAUAUUUUAAUUCGGUGUUUGACUGUGUUUUUAAAUUACAUUACAACGACUCCAACAUGUCUAAUAUGAAAUACAUUCUGGUUACUGGCGGCGUUAUAAGCGGUGUGGGUAAAGGCGUAAUUGCCAGUUCAUUUGGCGCAUUAAUUAAGAGUUGCGGCAUUGAAGUGACUUCUAUUAAAAUAGAUCCGUACAUAAAUUUGGACGCGGGAACCUUUUCACCUUACGAACACGGCGAGGUAUACGUUCUCGACGAUGGUGGUGAAGUAGAUUUGGACUUAGGAAAUUACGAACGGUUUCUAAACAUCACCCUGCAUCGGGAUAACAAUAUAACUACGGGGAAAAUUUAUAAGAUGGUGAUCGACAAGGAGCGUCGAGGCGAUUAUUUAGGCAAAACGGUUCAAGUGGUACCGCACAUUACUGACGCAAUUCAGGAGUGGGUCGAAAAAGUGGCACGGGUUUCGGUGUCGGAUACGAAAUUAGUUCCUCAAGUGUGCAUCGUUGAGCUUGGGGGAACGGUCGGCGACAUCGAGAGUAUGGCAUUCGUGGAGGCAUUUCGGCAGUUCCAAUUUAGGGCAAAGCGCGAAAACUUCUGUGUGGCUCACGUUUCUCUGGUGCCGCAGCCGAGAUCGACCGGCGAACCGAAAACGAAACCUACACAGUCCUCAGUGCGCGAGUUGCGAGGACUCGGACUUUCGCCCGAUUUCAUCGUGUGCCGUUCCGAGCAUCCCAUUGAUCACAGCGUGAAGGAGAAGAUUUCCAACUUUUGUCACGUAGCGCCGGAGCAGGUGGUUUGCAUACCGGAUUUGUCGUCAAUCUACAAAGUGCCCGUUGUGAUGGAAUCGCACGGGAUUAUCGAGUUUUUAAAUGAACGCCUACAGUUGGGAAUAAAAACUUUACCUAGGCGACAUAUGAGGCAUUGGUUGGAGUUGGCCACGAAAAUAGAUAACAUUCGGCACGAAAUCAACAUUGCUCUAGUUGGGAAGUAUACAAGAUUGGAGGACGCGUACGCAUCAGUUGUAAAAGCGUUACAGCAUGCCGCGAAUUCCAUAGGAUAUAAAGUAAAUGUGGUCUUUAUCGAGGCAUCACAUCUAGAAAAGGAGAUGCUAUCAGAAGAUCCAGUUGCUUAUCAUGAGGCUUGGAAGCAAUUGUGCAAGAGCGAGGGUGUUAUUGUACCAGGUGGGUUUGGUAAACGUGGCAUCGAGGGAAAAAUAGAAGCAAGUCGAUGGUGCAGAGAGAAUGGUAAACCCUUUUUGGGAAUUUGUUUAGGCUUUCAAGCGGCUGUGAUAGAAUUCGCUAGGAAUGUUUUAAAUUUACGUGAAGCACAUUCGACGGAAUGCGUACCCGACACGUUACAUCCACUUAUCAUUGACAUGCCCGAGCAUAAUACGGGCGAGAUGGGUGGCACUAUGCGCUUAGGCAAACGAACUACCAUCUUCAAGGAUUCCGCAAAUAAUAGCAUAAUAAAGCGCCUGUACUUUAGCAGCGACAAAAUUGAAGAACGUCACCGACAUCGAUACGAAGUGAACUCAAAGUACAUUCCCGACUUAGAAAAGGCUGGCCUCGAAUUUGUCGGUAUUGACACAGAAGGACAACGUAUGGAAAUACUAGAAUUGGAAAACCACCCCUAUUACAUCGCCGUGCAAUUCCACCCAGAAUAUUUAUCACGACCAAUGUCACCCUCUCCGCCAUUUAUGGGUUUAAUUUUAGCAUCGAAGGACAUCUUAAAACCGUACCUGGCGCGCGGUUGCAAAUUUUCGCCUCGAGAAUCUGAUUAUUACGACUCGGAAGACGAAGACUAUAGCUUAACCGUAAAACAAGUUCCGGUUCCACGACCAAUAAACGAUUCUGACAGCAGUGCGUAUAGCAGCUCUACGAAUAUAGUCGAUUGAUCUUUUAGGAUUAAAUAAUUACUAGUGCCAAGUUUUCCAAUGUUACUCAAAGCUCUGAGUAGUACAUAUUUGUAAACUGUUUCAUGUGAUAAAAAACACAGCAUUUAUUUGUUUUAGGCAAA